AUGCUCAGUAAAAAUAUUACUAUGGUAUUGGAAAAUCUUUUGGAAAAUUAUGAAAGCUCGCAGUUACCGACGUAUGGAAAAAAUUCUCCAACAAUUGUUCAAACAAAUAUUUUAAUAAGAAGUAUGGGACCAGUUUCUGAGUUAGAUAUGGAAUAUUCAAUGGAUUGCUAUUUCCGACAGUAUUGGCGAGAUCAAAGACUAUCGUUUUUAGGACCAAUAAAAUCAUUGUCAUUAUCCAUAAAAAUGCUGGAACGAAUUUGGAGACCGGACACAUAUUUUUACAAUGGCAAAAAUUCAUACGUCCACACUAUAACCGUUCCCAAUAAACUAUUACGAAUAAGUCAAGAUGGCGAUAUUUUAUACUCUAUGAGGUUAACAAUUAAAGCAAAAUGCCCAAUGGAGUUAAAAAGUUUUCCAAUGGAUCGGCAAUCAUGUCCUUUAGUUUUUGGAAGUUACGCCUACACCUCCAAAGACUUGAUUUAUUUAUGGCAAAACGGAGCUAGCGUUAACUUCGUACCUGGAAUGACUCUGUCUCAAUUUGAUCUAAUCAGUUCUCCAUACAGAAAUAUCACAUUGACAAGACGAGAAGGUGAAUUUUCUGUUUUACAAGUUUCUUUCAACUUGCAGAGACAUACUGGUUAUUUUCUUAUCCAGGUAUAUGUACCUUGCAUUUUAAUAGUUGUAUUGUCGUGGGUAUCAUUCUGGAUUCACAGAGAAGCAACCAGUGACAGAGUUGGUUUGGGAAUCACUACUGUACUCACACUUUCUACCAUUAGUUUGGAUUCCAGAACUGAUUUACCUAAAGUCAGAUAUGCAACAGCUCUGGACUGGUUUCUUCUCAUGAGUUUCUUCUACUGCAUAGCAACGCUGCUCGAGUUUGCUGGUGUCCACUAUUUCACAAAAGUGGGCAGCGGAGAAAUACCAAUGGAUGAAGAUGAUUGGGAAGACUGUCAUGAAGCUGAGGAAGAAGUACUUGGAAGACUUGAAACUGAACUGGAUAUGACUAAAGUUGACGAACGAAUAAGAAGAAGAAGUUCAAUCAUUUGUCCAAUUUAUAACGACACUUCGAUGAAUUGUGAAAGGAGAAAAUCGUCUUUUAUGUUAGUGCAAGAACCUACCCCUUCACCGUUAAUUCGAUUGACUAUGGAAAGAACCACUCAAACCGAAUUCAAGUUACCAAAGUGGAGACAACUUAUUUACUGCUUGAAAGGAGAUGAUAAAUUUAGAAGACAAAGACAGAGAGAAGCAGCAGCAUCAUCUAAUGGUACAGGUACUUCACAUGGGAGAGUUCGUCACGUGAAUAGUGUUUCUUUAAUAGAUCGUACAGCAAGAGUUAUUUUUCCAGCUUCGUUUGGAUUUUUUAAUUUAUUCUAUUGGAUGGCUUAUGUUACUACUCAGGAAAAUUUCAAGUGGGGAGAAACUAAAAUACAUGUUGUAAAUCAUUAAUGGACCUACUUGAAACAAUAGAUUUGUACUACUUAUUUAUUCUGUUUGAAUAAAUGGGUAUGGAUUGUUGAAAGAAAAUGUUUUUUUUUUUUUGUAAAAGUAUGAUUUAUUUCAAACAUAAAUAAAACAAAGGUUUAAAAUCUAAAAGCAUGUGAAAUAUUCCUAUCAGUCAAUUUUUACAAUACUGAUACGUCUCAACGGUGUAUUUUCUUGAAUUCAUAUUAUUUUCAUCCAUUAAACUUUUAAUGUCAUGAAAAAUUAUAGAUGGAUAAAAAUGGUUAUACGGAAGAAAAAUUACUUUUCUUUAAAAAAAUAAUUCUAACUACUUUAGGUAGGUAAUAAAUAAAUAAAUAAAUAAAUCAUAAAGGUAAUUAUUUUUUUUUCUUAGAAAACUAACUGUACCUAUUUCAUGUCAUGAAAUAUUAUUAAAUUAACGUCAUAGACCAUUAGAGUUCUGAUAUAUGUUACUAAUUAACAUUACAUGAUCCAGUUUGAAGUUAAACAUUCCUUAAUCUGAUACAGCAAAAAAAUGUUUCUUUGGUUACUGUUUUAGAAAAAAAAAUAUUUCCACAUGCUGUAUAAAAGUGGAUUUUUAGAAAAUUAUCUUCUUCCAAAAUACUCUGUUGCAAAACUAAACUUCCGUCAUCAAUUGGACUAGAACGAAAACUUCCUAAAUUUUAACAAAUGCAUCUUGAAAUAAAACAUAUCAUUAAAUAUUUUAUUUCAAUCAAGAAAAUACACCUUAUGAUAAUAAACAUUCUUAUACUUAAUUAUUUAGAUUUUUUUGUAAAAUGAAUUUUACAUUUUGGUAUAUUUUGGUUGGGUAUAGAUUAUAUAAUUUGAUACCAAUAGUUAAUUAAAAAACAAAAUUAUCUUUUAAAAAGAAGAAAUAAGGCAAUAACAAUGUCAAAAUAAAAGCUUUCCAAAAUAGUUAUAUUUAAAAGCAAAAAAUUAGUGGCCUAUCAAAAACAGUAAAUCAUUGAUAAGAAAGGCUCAAUAAUAAAUUAUCCAAUUUUGAGUAGAAACAAUACUAAAAUAUAUACUCAAAAAGAGAAUUUUGUUUCUGAAUUAUAAUAAAACCAUUAUAGCACGUAUAUCAAUUAGAAGCAAAUAUUAUUUUAUUACCCGUAUACAUAUAAAAAUUCGUAAUUACUUAAAAUUCUGAAAUAAUCUUAAUAACUCAUCUUUUUCAAACCCUACGCUUUCCCAGUAAACAUUAAAAUGCUAUUCAUAUCGUUUGUAAGUUUAAAGUCACGUAUAAUAUACUCUAAGAAAGUGUGACAAAAAAUUAUAGUUUCGGAUCGUAUUCUUUGUACAUUCCUUUUACAUCCGAUUUUAGAACAUUCUUUGACAUACAUGCAUAGUACAUUCUUUAGAAGUACAACAUAGUGGUGAUAAUUUUUGCACGAGUGUAUACGUUCCAGUACAUGAAUAUCACAUGUUUUUAUGAUAGGUUAAUGGAACGUCAGAAAUAUAAAAAUUGUUGCAGAGUUUUCAUUUUCGCUUGUAAUUAACUUUUCCUAUGUUGGCGCAAAAGUCUACUUUGCCAGCAUUGCCGCUUUGCUAGGUUUCUUUUUUGUAUAGGUUAGAUGGGUCCAGUGAAGUAACCGGCAAUAAAAGAUUAUUGGAGGAUGCAUAAACUUUACAGCGUUCGCUUAGUUCGAACAGUAAUGCCCAGAAAGAAAUUCGAGUUUAUAUUGAAAUAUAUACCCUUUUCCUAUAAUUCUACUAGUGGUCAUAGUGACAGGCCUUAUAAGGGUAUUUGUUGUUAAAUUCAUUCAGAAUUAACGGAAGACAUACAUCCCGGUUAAAUAUACGACAGAAGAGUCUUUGGUACUGUUACGCAGCACCCUGUAGCGUUCUGCGGUCAUCAUAAGUUAAGGUACGAGUAAAUGAAGAAGAUAGAAUAUUCCCGAAAUGUCAUUCCUUGUCAAAGGAAAGUCCAGAUUGUUCGAGAAGGUUCUGGAAGGUCGAGGCAAGCUAUAUAAAGCGACGACCUGACGUCAGAGUUUCAGUUUUAUGAUAGACGUUACAUGUUAAUGUUAUCAGUUGUAUAAUUGUUGUUAAAGUUGAGUUGAAAUAAAUUGCGAUAUCAAAAACGUGUGCAACAGUACCUUGGCGCGGAAGAUUGAUAUUUCGGCAUUACAUGUCCAACGAAGCAGUCAAAUAUGGCAUCAAGGUCUACAAACUCUGUAUAGACAAAGAUCAAAUUUGGAAUAUUGCGGUAAAUCAAGAGAUCCUGUAAUUCAGGCUCCUGAAAAAACCAUCAUAUCAUUGGAAGAGGGUCUAUUAGCAAAUUAAAAGAACUCAGCUAGUACAAUGACGUCACCGCGACAUUAUUUUUGGUGAUAAUUAGUCUCGGAUAUCACAUCACCUAACAAUGACGUCUCAGAGACGUCAUUAUCACGUAUUUAAUUAAACUGCCCACAAAGUUGGUUAUUUUUUGUAUCCAGAACGACAAAACAUUUUUUUGCCGCCCUUCAAGAGAACAUUGAGAAUUUUAUAUUUUGAUGACUGGCCGCUGAUAGGGUGAGAGCCAAAUAAGAGAAAGCAAAGAAGAGAAAAGAAGAAAAAGUUGGCUUGAGUUAACAUAAACAUGACGUAAACAGUGUGUUAAAAAAAUGUGGCAUCUUAUAAUAAUUUGGUUAUUAGGUAAGAUAUUCCUUAUGUUAUGUAUUUUAGAGUAUACAAAUUAUUAUACUUUAGUGAUUGCAGACAUUAUGUAAUACAAUUUUCGGAAGACUACGACGGUCUUAAUGCACCGUAAAUGAUUAACACUUCGAAAAAGAGAAGUUUAUUGGACACCCUUCAGGAAAUUAUGCAUAAUGCUCUAACAAUGGAUAUGAAAAACAUAAGUAAUUUAUUUAUUCAUUAGAAACUUGCUUUUGUUGUAAUUAUUUUUUCAGCUUCUUCUGGAACUUUAUUUCCAGUAUUUAUGGUGUUCAAUGUUUAGUUUUAAUAAUUUUUAUAUGUAAUUAUUUUAUAAUAAAGGCUUUAUUAUUAUCAAUAUGUAAUAUUAUUUUCUAUAAGUCCCAUAGAGCUUUCUGUUAGGUAGAUGCAUAACUAACAUCAUAGUAAGGCUACAAAUUGACGUCAUAAUAACGCCACAAAAUGACGUCGCUGGGCCGUGACAUAAUGAGCUUAACGUCAUUUUGAUAUCACAUCUUUGGUGAAAAAUGACGUAACGGAUGACCAAUAAAUGACGUCGCUGUAACAUCAGUGUUAUAUCUGGGUAUGUGCCGAAGAAUGUCAUAAAUGCCAAAUUGAAGAGGAGUGACAUGUCUUAACAAACAAUGGAUUCGUCACCAAAUGGCAUAAAAAGCGAGAUGUAAGAAUAUUUUUGAUUAAAUCAUCUAGGCUAAGAACCACCCCAUCAGAAGAAAUGCACCCAUAGCAAAAUCGAAAUGCAUUUCUGAGUACAAUCAUGGCAAAUCAUCAUUUGAUCUAAGCAAUCAGCUUUGCGGCCACAUUGGUAACAUUGUCAAUGUGACUCGUGAACUAAAAGGAUGAGAUUUUCGUUCAUUCUUCUUUGAUUUUUUUAUGUAUAAUAUAUAAUAAUAUGUAGGUGUAUACCUGGUGACAUUGUUACCAGGACCCCAUUAAUAUUUCUUUUAUUUAUAGAGCAAUUUUGAUCAAAUUUGGAACAAACCUACUAGACAUAAUUUUGAAUUAACACUUGUACUUAAACAAAAUUGUUGACUUCCAGUUUUACCGGAAAUGCUGUCAAGUUUGAUUUUUAAAUGAAUCAUCCUGUAUAUUCGAUGUUUUUUGGAACCUACGCUUCAAAUUACAUAUUAUAUGGCAAUGUUGCCAAAUUUUCUUUUUACAAUCAAUUUUUUUUGAAAACUUGCUUUUCCAGGUAGAAGGCCAUGAAUUGGAAAAUGUUUUAAUAGCCUCGAAUAACUCGAAACAAAAGCUAUUUUACCAAUUAAAUUGAAAAUAAAUUCUUUAGAUAAAAAAAAUUCUUAAACCUGUUUUUUACCAAAAUCUCACUUUUUUGUAUAUAUCACCUAUUGGAGACCAUUUCGCCUUUAGAUGGAAAAUUUUAUAAGCAAUCUGACAAUUGACAAUAUACACCACACGGUUAAUUGCCUUCUACAUAAAAAAAAAUAUUUGGGGAAAAUGAAAAUUUGGCAAAACUGUCAUGUAUAAUAUUAAUUAUUUAAUACUUUUUAAAACAUCAUUCGUAUAUGAGUAGCCUAAUAUUACAAUAAAAAGUACCUACAGUGCAUUUCAUAUGCUCAUUUAACGAAAUAUGUAUAUCAAGUACAUGUUUCAUAAUUAAUAACAGUAAAAGAACGUUCCUUGGGAAAUGAGAGUAUGAGAGCCCACUGCAAAUUUUGACCGUCAUCUGAUAACGAAAUGAAAUAUGCUCCAAAGGCAUGUAACAACAUUGUACUUUACCAAAUUGCACCUGUGCCAAUCCCUAUCCUGAGAAGUGAUUAAAAAAAUAUUUUAUAUUCAAAAAAUCACAUAAAACAUGACAGCGACAAUUAUGUUUUUCCUGAAAAUUACAAUCCUAAUUCAUUGUGAACCUAGCUUUUAAACAUGAAUUAUUAAUAUUUUUACCUACCUUUUAAACCAUGUGUAUGUAUGAAAGGAAGAAGGAUGGUAUUGUAUAAACCAUUUGCAGAGAUAGUCAAUAAUAAUUAUAAACUCUUGUUAGACAAUUAUUUUAAACCAUAAUCAUAGUAGUCUUUUUGUCGUUUCUAUGGCAACUUGUAAAAAUGAAUCACAAUAAGAGGCAUACAAAUAAAUUUUUAAAUCAGCAAACAUUGAUUCAUAUUUUUAAUGAUAUUUACCUACUAAUCGUGGAUAGAUGUUUUUAUGCGAUGUUAAGAAGAAGAAAAUGUUUCCCUUUAAUAACGAUAUAUAUAAAUGUUAUUUUCUGGAAAACUUUAAGGGCAAACAAAAUUAGUGCUGUCAUGCCUUAUCUGAUUUUUUAAUAUAAAAUAAUUUUUUUAAGCCACUUUGCUCAGGAUUGGGAUAGGUGCCAUUUGGUUAAGUACAAUGUUUUUCCAUGCUUUUGGGGUAUAUUUCAUUUAGUUAUCAGAUGACGGUAAAAAUUUGCAGUGGGCUCUUGGGCUAUUUGUAUGUGUAAUCUAGAAUGUAACAUUAAAUGCAUAUUUUAAAAUUUGAACAGAAUCUAUUUAAGUGCAUUAUGUAAGAACAAUAAAAGAAGCUGGACAAGUAGGGAAUUUUUCAUAUCCUUCGUAUAUGCGAAGAAUAUGCCGUAUAUUACAAAUGCAUAUUUUACGUCAUAAAUAGCAUGUGAAUAGCAGUUGUACUUGCAAAAAAUCUGUAAAUGUUUACUGGGCGGAGUUAAAUUCAGAAAAAAAAUUAUUGUAAUAAAAUUUUCCAGAAAAAGUUUCAUCCAGUUCUAUUCAUAAUAUGUUUGUAUUCAAGCAAUCAAGCUAAGAGUGCGUUUACUUCCAAUGGAUAUACUUGACUAAUUAUUGUUAAUUAAAAAUUGUAUUUUUCACCGGUGUCAACACGACUAACCCCUAACAAUUUACAACAAUGGAAUGUUUCCAGUAGUACCUAGUGUAGUUUUUCAUUGUCUAAAACACCAUUUAUAAAAGCUUAUAAAUAAAAUAAUAGAAGUCUUUUAGUUUCUUUCCCUUAACGGUGAGUUUAGCGUCCUAUUAGGACUACUCAGAUUUUCCUUGUCAUCUUUCGGGUGUUUGGAUUUUUUUAUCCAUUUUUUUGUAUCAGAAUAGUUUUCUUCGUCUAUAAAUUUUUUGGACUUUUUCGGUGUACGCUGUUUGUUUUCGUUUUCCAAG